CCUAAUCAAUCUUCUUCCACUUCCUUUCUAUCUUCGUCUUCGUCAUCUUCGAUGCAAAUCUGAACCUUCAUUCAUAUUCAUUCAUCAAAUCCAUUGAAUCAUUCUCCAAAACCCACCAUGGAUCUUGCACCAGAAGAGCUUCAAUUCCUCUCCAUCACAACAAUCUUAACCGAAUCAAUCUCAAUCCCCAAACGAUCCCCUAAAACCUUCUACCUCAUCACCCUCACCCUCAUCUUUCCUCUCAGCUUCGCAAUCCUCGCUCACUCUCUCUUCACACACCCCAUCAUAUCCCAGCUUCAAUCCCCUUUCGAUGACCCUUCUCAAACCACCCACGAAUGGACCCUCCUUCUCCUCAUCCAGUUCUGCUACCUCAUCUUCCUCUUCGCCUUCUCUCUUCUCUCCACAGCAGCUGUUGUUUUCACUGUCGCAUCGCUCUACACUUCAAAGCCUGUGUCCUUUUCCUACACCAUCUCUGCUAUACCGAAAGUUUUCAAGCGCUUGUUCAUUACUUUCCUCUGGGUGUCUCUGUUGAUGAUUAUCUACAACUUUGUUUUCGUGCUUUCUCUUGUUCUUCUCAUCAUUGCGUUGGAUACCCAGAAUUCGGUUUUGAUGCUUUUCUCUGUUUUGGCUAUGCUUGUGUUGUUUAUUGGUGUUCAUGUUUAUAUUACUGCUUUGUGGCAUUUGGCUAGUGUGGUGUCGGUGCUGGAACCGCUUUAUGGUUUUGCUGCUAUGAAGAAGAGCUAUGAGUUGUUGAAGGGGAGGGUCAGGUAUGCUGCGGUUUUGGUUUGUGGGUAUUUGGUUAUUUGUGGGAUUAUUGGAGGGGCGUUUAGUGUGGUGGUGGUGCAUGGUGGUGAUGGUUAUGGGGUUUUUUCGAGGAUUGUGGUUGGUGGGUUCUUGGUGGGUGUGCUGGUGAUUGUGAAUUUGGUUGGGUUGUUGGUGCAGAGUGUGUUUUACUAUGUGUGUAAGAGUUAUCAUCAUCAAGGGAUUGAUAAGAGUGCCUUGCAUGACCAUCUUGGUGGUUACCUUGGAGAGUAUGUGCCUCUCAAGAGCAGCAUUCAGAUGGAGAAUUUGGAUGUAUGAUCCAGGGAGAGUGACCUGCUUCUUGCUAGUGGGUUUGAUUUGUAAGUUGAUUUUCUUUGUUAUGAUGUAAUGGUAUAGUGUAAAACUGUGGAAGGACUAAUGAUAAUAGAUUGUAUGUUGAA